AAAAAGAAAAAAGGGAAAGAAGAGAGAGAGCGCUGGUUGAGACUGCCAUUUUCCACACACAAAAAAGAAGAUACUACAAUAUUUUCGUUUUAGGGAGACCAAGAUAUGUUUAUUAGAAGAAUUUGGAAUGCGAAUACUGAAACAAACCUAAACUUGAUGCGGCAAAUGAGAAGAACAUUCUCAGUUUCAAGUCAAAGUGCAGUUGAUUUGGCUUCAAAAGAUGCAGAACUCAGGGUCUUCAUUGUUGCCGGCGAGGUUUCUGGUGAUACCAUUGGUUCCCGUGUCAUGAAUUCUCUAGAAAAGCUUUCUCCUUUGCCUGUCCGUUUUGCUGGUGUUGGAGGGAAGAUGAUGUGUAAACAAGGGUUGAAUACUCUGUUCCCAAUAGAGGAUAUUGCAGUAAUGGGCAUAUGGGAGUUGCUGCCAUAUCUUAAUCAAUUUAGAGUUAGGCUGAAACAAACUAUAGAAGCAGCUCUUUCUUUUAGGCCUCAUGUCGUACUCACUGUAGACUCUAAAGGAUUCUCCUUCCGUUUCUUAAAGCAUUUGAGGGCUACGUGUGUUCAGCAGGGGAUGGUUAGCCCUUUGCACUUCCAUUAUGUAUCACCGUCAUUUUGGCCUUGGAAAGGUGGUGAAGCAAGACUACAAGGACUUCUUCAGUUUGUGGAUCAUGUGUUAUGCAUUCUUCCGUUUGAGGCAGAAGUUUGUAGAUCAAACGGCCUAGCAGCAACCUUUGUUGGUCAUCCCACCCUUGAAGAUAUUUCGGAUUUCCAGGUGAAGGAUGCCACAGAAAGAAGAUACAGAAUUCAAGGAAAUGCUGAAGCAUUUCUAACUGAUCAUGGAAUAGGAUCCCCAGUCAUUUCCUUGCUUCCUGGAAGUAGAUUACAGGAGGUUACUCGAAUGUUCCCCAUAUUCUCAAGCACUUUGGAACAUUUGAAAGGUUCAUUUCCGGACUUGGUAACAGCAGUUCAUGUGGCACCUAAUCAACAUGUGGAAGACUACAUUGAUAAAGCUGUUUGUAAGUGGCCAUCAUCUGUUGUAUUGGUUCCUGGAGGAUCACACCAGAUUAAAUACAAUUCAUUUAGUGCAAGCAGUGUAGCACUAUGUACUUCUGGUACAGUUGCGAUGGAAGUGCAGCUUGCAAGACUGCCAUGUGUUGUUGCGUAUCGAGCCCAUCUCCUGACAGAAUUAGUUAUACGAUACAAAGCUAUUAUACCAUACAUCUCUCUUCCUAAUAUUCUUUUGGAUUCAGCUAUAAUCCCUGAAGCUCUAUUUCAUGAUUGCACUCCUUCAAAAUUGGCAUCAUUACUCAAGGAUUUAAUACUUGAUGACAACCUUCGAGAAAAACAAAUUAAUGCUGCCGAAGAGGUUAUUGAGCUGCUAAGACCUCCAAAGAUGAACAUUAGUUGCUCAACCUAGGGGGAGAUGCGCGUUCCACUUUCUGAUUGUACACCAAGUAUGGUCGCAGCAUAUGCAAUAUUGUAUUCUCGGAAUAAGCUGGAAUAAUGUGAUUCGUGAAAAUUCAAGCAGUUGCUGUGAGCAAAGUUGAGAUAAGAUGCAGCUAGAGAGUUUUUAAGAAAAUCUGUUUGGAAGUCAGCAACUGUAUAGCAGUUGGAUAAUUUCUAUUCAUUUUGUUAGUUGAUUUCCAUAUUUACUUUCACUUACAUAGAGCUUCAACCUAUGAGAAGCUCAAGUUAUAUCUGCAAGCUGUGUAAUAUAGUUAAUGAAAAUUUUUCCCCUCUCGUGGAAAUCGUCCUUCUUUCUCUUCCUCUCUCAGAUUAAGGAUUGUAACAGCUGUGUUGCAUUGGAUUCAUGAAGUGAGAAGUCAAAAGGAGAUCAGAAAUAUUUCUAGGAGAUUUAUCCGAAGUAUGAGCGGCUCUUUGUGGAGGGCACGAAAAGAGGUAGAGGGCGGCUUAAGAAGUAUUGAGGAGAGGUGAUCUGACUGGAUAUGACGAGGCUUCAUAUUUCCGAGGAUAUGAUACUUGAUAGGAAGAUGUGGAGGUCGAGUAUUAGAGUUCUAGGUUAGAAGUUAGUUGAUUCUUGCCUUACUUCGUACCUUUGUGAGACUAGGCUAGUAGGGUUUUUGUCUAAGACAGAUAGUGACAACGUUGU